GCGGCGUCGCUUUCGGGGCGGUGCGGGGCCUGGGUCACGUAGCUCCUGUCCCCGGGUUUCGGCGUGGCGAGCGUCUUCUAGUGCUCUCACCGCCGUUCCGCUGCCCUUCCCGCCAUCAUGCCGAUGUUCAUCGUGAGCACCAACGUGCCCCGCGCCUCGGUGCCGGACGGGCUCCUCUCCGAGCUCACCCAGCAGCUGGCGCAGGCCACGGGCAAGCCGGCGCAGUACAUCGCCGUGCACGUGGUACCGGACCAGCUCAUGGCCUUCGGCGGCUCCAGCGAGCCCUGCGCGCUCUGCAGUUUGCACAGCAUCGGCAAGAUCGGCGGCGCGCAGAACCGCACGUACAGCAAGCUGCUUUGCGGACUGCUGGGCGAGCGUCUGCGCAUCAGCCCGGACAGGAUCUACAUCAACUACUACGACAUGAACGCGGCCAACGUGGGCUGGAAUGGUGCCACCUUUGCCUGAGAAGCACCAGCUUGAUUUCGCUAGCACAGCCUCACCCCUGCCCCUGCAGCUCUCAGUGUUAAGUGCUCACCCUCCUCCUUCCGGGUGAGGAGAAAUAAAUGGUUUAGAGACCACAA